AUGGAAUAUGAAAGAAAUGGAAGCUUGUAUCGAGGUGAACCUCCAUUAACCAUUGAAGAACGUGGUAAGCCCGUCGAUUACUCUUCGAUGUUGAUAAAUGAGUACUCAAUAGAUGUUCUGGAGAUAGAGAUUGGAAUUUCUGAAUCCAAUUGGUAUGAACUGAGAGUUGAUGUAAGUAAAAAAGACAGUGGAAACGUCUUCAUCGUGAAGAAAUUUAAAGGACCUGCUGCCCAUAUUUUUCAUCCUCCUCCUGAUCGUCCUUCAACGUUCGUAUGCCGAAAAGAAACCAACAAUUUCUUUCAGGUAUGAUGGCAUUCUAAACUUCUAGAGGUCUUUAAUUAGUCGAUCCACAAAUCAACCAAUCAGUCAAUCAGUCAUCGUUUAUUUUUUAUAUUUUCCCUCAAAGUUUCUUUACAGGAGAUAUAUUACUCCAUAAAACAUGAGUAGAAAUAUAUGAAAUGACUCACGUAGACGGUGAAUGAACGAGUGACCAAAGCGUUUGAAAAAACCCUGAAAAAAUUCAGCAAAUCGAGCCCUGACCCAUGCGAUUGACUGGAUGCUAAGUUCUGUCCUAUCCAUUAAGCUGAUCAAGCUAAAGAGAGACCUAAUCUAUUUGUCUAAUCACAAACUUAUGACUGAAAUAGGUCGAUAUCAGGUCGAUCAUGUGCCCAUGUGGAAUCCGGAAUCUUGGAAAUUGUUGCUUGUGGAAUCCGGAAUACGGCUGUGGGAAUAAAGAAUCCCACUAACAAUUAGAAUCCGGAAUCCUGGGCCUUGGAAUCCCGAAUACACGUGUGGGAAUCAAGAAUCCCACUAAAAAUUGGAAUCCAGAAUCCUGGGCCUUGGAAUCUGGAAUACACCUGUAGGAAUCCAGAAUCCCACUAACAAUUGGAAUCCGGAAUCCAAGUUCCACUGAAAUAGAUCUGGAAUCCAGCAAUUUGAUUCCGGAAUCCACGGCGGGAAAUCCAGAAUCUGAGACUGUCUUCGAUUCUCUUAUAUGGGGCGAAUUGUGUGAAUCAAACCAAGUUGAAAAUGAGACCCAUUUCCUGUUUCAGUGUUAGAAAUGCUCUGCACAGUGGCAGAGUAGCCUAAGUAGCUGCUACUGUGUUACGCUGAUAUUCUUGAUUGGUUUUUGGUCAAUUUGGGCAAAUGUAACUUGUCUUUGAACAGAAUCUUGUUAAAUAACUCAGAAAUGUGUACUUGUUUACGGCACAGGUUGAAAUGUACCGGAAACGUCGACUUGGGUGCUGUUUUGUGGGAAUGGCUGAGGAAUCAGACCAACGUUGCCUUUUGAAAUUGGAGCCGUUCAUACGGAGAAGUCUUGAGGCUCCACAGGUCAUAACACAGAGGGAGUAUUUCUCAAGUGAAAACUAUGUUAAAAUUACUGCUGUUGUCCAUCCGCCUUCGCCUAAAGAGUAUCGGUUUAGAAUCAAACCGGAGGAAGGUCUAAGGGAAAUGAGUGACGCUGCAACCAUUUUAAGCACUCCAAUGUUAUCUGUGUUCAAGACCUUAUCUUUUACGCCAUCGGUAGAAUGCCAGCUGCAGAAGGUAUUUGACUUCCAUGAUCGCUUGGCUUUUUCGUGUCGAGUAAUGCACAAGGGGGGGAUGGGACGAGGAAAUCACCCAAUGUCUGUAGUAGUCAUCAACAAUGCUGGAGAUAUUGUAAGUACAGCACAUCUUCUCCAAAGGAGUACUCUUCCAAGCUGGAAGCAAGUCAUGAAUGACCGGAAAGGAUGUUGUACCCUAGAGGAUAACGAAAGAGCUAUGUUGAUUAGAGGAAGUAAAGAUUGGGGGAUCUGUAUCGGUAGGUGGGAAAAUCGAUGUGCCAUAAAAUUCUUUUCUCUUAUUGAGAAACAAGAAUGGAAAUCUGUUGUAUCUAACCCAGAAGAAUUUUCGAUAGAGCUCAGCAAUAAAAUGCCCUUUCGUGUGGACCUUAGGAAUGGUAUCAUUGUUAUUCCUCCAGAUGUUUCUUACAUACCAGAAACAAUUGCACUUGGGUUUGCUAUUGCAAUCCUCUUUGUCCUUUGUCAGCCAAUUUUAAACGAAACACUUUAUUAUGACCCAAGUUGUCGUUGUAGCAAUUACCCUACAAAGAUAAAAAUUCCGGGAAACUUGAGGUUGGCAGUGGCAGUCGGUUACGACGCCGACAAGUUUAAGAAUCACAUUAUAAGAACCACUUGUGCAAGAUGUUUGGAAUCGCGUAGGAGGAAAAUGGAAAGGGAAAGGGAAAGGGAAUGGGAGAGGAAA